CAAUUGUUUAAGUUUUUUUCAAUCUUCAUUUUAUUCUCCAUCAGCACAUGGUAUGCUUCUCAAAACAUAAUUAGUAAAGGACAGUUUGUUCUUGGAUAUAUAUAAGAAGCCACAUGGAACAAUAGAAACAUCAACAGUAUCAUUCAAGAAUCACUUCCCAAGAUUUCUUGGAUUUUUCUAAAUCUUGCAUGUCACCUUUCUUUCACCUAUUCUAGAAUAAGGUGACUGUUUAAAGAAGAUGGUGAGAUGUUGUUUUGAUGAUACAGUUUGCUGCAGUCUAAAUGAAUUUCUAAAAUGGGAAAGAGAAGAAGCUGGUUUACAUUUGUGAAAAGACUACUUUUCAUUCCUGAGGCAAAACCAAAAGCUGAAAAGAAAUUAAAGAGAUGGAAAUGGUUUUUGAGAAGGUUAAAAUACCAGCAUUGUCCUCCAACAAUUGAAGCACCUCAGAGAACACUAAUAACUGAGGCAACAGAACAGCAGAGGAAACAUGCUUUGGCUGUUGCUCUAGCAACAGCAGCUGCAGCUGAGGCUGCUGUAGCUGCUGCCAAUGCUGCAGCUGAAGUUGUCCGCCUUACUAACGCUCCGUAUGAGCUCGAAAGGAAACGAAAAAAUGCUGCCAUCAGAAUCCAAAGCGCUUAUCGCGCACACCUUGCAAAGAAAGCAUUAAGUGCAAUGAAGGGACUCGUGAAGCUUCAAGCAGUGAUCCGAGGCGAACUUGUGAGACGAAGACUCGUUGCCAAGUUGAAAUGCAUGCUGCCCUUUCAAAUGUCAAAGCCGCGAGUUUAUCAUAUCAGAGUUCCUACUGUUGAAGAAUACUAUGAGAGUAUCGAAAAGAAACUUGAUGGUAGUCCGAAGGGAAGUGUGAAUUCUAAUGAAUUAAAAUUAAAAUGCAACAGCCAAAGGACUUGGGAUUUCAGUUUGGCCUCAAAGGAAGACAUUGAAGCCUUGUGUUUAAGAAGACAAGAAGCCAUUUCCAAAAGAGAGCGUAUGAUGAAAUACUCGUUUUCACAUCGGGAGCGGAGAAAUGAUCAUGUUCUGCACGAACCAUUAUUCAAUAAGGAAAAUCGUAGGAGCAGCAGGUUCGAUCAGUGUACUGAACUCGAAGCAAAGAGAAAAGCAGAAGUAUUUGAACAAUUGAGGUCAUUUGCAGACUCAAGUAGUCCUCUAGUUGACAUGAACCAAAUUACACUACUCAAAAUGACAGAAGUGCGCAAACAAGAUUUCAUAGAGGCUUUAAGCUCACCAUCAUCGCUACCAAGGAGAUCAUUUUCUCAUGUGAAACAGAAAUCAAUUGGUGAUGAUAGCUCUUUACCAAGUUCUCCUAUGUUUCCUACUUACAUGGCUGCUACAGAAUCUGCAAAAGCAAAGACAAGAUCAAUGAGCACACCGAAGCAACGGCUAAAGUUACACGAAACGUAUUCAGGUCAACAUUCUCCUCACAUGCUCAAGCAUACUUCUUGGAUCACAUUUAAUGGUGAAGCGAACAGCAGUGCCACAAAGAGUGAAAUCUCUCAGCAGACAGCUAUAAAUGUGAAAGGGUUUUGUCGAGGUUGAAAAGCUUAGUUCCAGCAGGGCAAGACAGAAACUUCAACCGUUCAUCAGUUAUAGAACUCGAUAACAAAUAAUCAAGAAGAAACUAUAAUUUGGAUAUGGAGCUGCUUGAGUAAUUUAUCCAAAUUGAUUGAGGAAAAGAAGUUUUCGCCUUUUUUAUUUUCUGCUUUAUACUUUUACAGACUUCACAUAUAUAUGUAAAUAGUUGAAAAAUCUCUACUUUCUGGUUUGUUUUUGCCAAAUUUUGUGUGCUUCAGAGAGUCUGAGUUUGUUUGAGGCAGUGAUGGUUGGUUUUGUUUGAUGGUUUUCUCCUGUAAGCAUUUUUACUUUUAAUUUUGCAUAUAGAUUUCCUUCAGUACCUGCUA